UUUAAAGAAUAAGUACUUUAUCGAUACCAUAAAUGCCGGCUGUUUCUUGGUUCUUUUGCUCGAAAUUAAUCAUGGGUUUUGACCACACACUUCAACGUAUUUUGCAAAAUUUGCGUAUUUCCGACGGCGAACGCUCCAAUUACACAGAGGAUGCUGUCGAAAUCCAAAAUUAUGUGAUUGAAAAGCUAAAGUCGGCAGAUUCUAGCUUUCGCGAGGCUUUUGAUGGCCUUAGCCUUGCAGGAAGCUACUUGGAUAGGGUGAAAUUGAAGACCCCUGAUGAAUUUGAUUUGCAUAUGAAGUUGAAAUUGCCAUUCCCAAUCAUCCCGAAGAAAGACGAGAAGGGAUUCGUGUUCUUGUGUGCAAAUAACUACAAGCAUCCGAUCCUAGCCAACAAUUACGUAGAUCGCAAGAAUUUACAGGCGUGGUUACGCGAUGCAUUCAAUGAGGUGUUCACAUCAAACCUACGUCUUCGUUGCAGCACUGGAGAAGUCUAUGAAGUAAGGUAUACUGCGAAAGGCUACGGAUGUGCCCACACCAUUGAAGCUGAAGGAAGGAGUCGCACCAUAUGGUUCGAUUUAGUGCCAGCAUUCGAGUUUACUUGGGCUCAGUGGCCGUUGGACGUGCCACCAAUAUCUACCGAAGUGCGCUCUAAAUGGCCGUGGUUCGCUGUACCGCAAUCGAAGCGGGGCUCCUGGGACGAGCGCACUUUUAUAGUGUGUGCCCCGCAUUGGGAGCGUGAAACAACAAGGAAUUUGAAUAAUUUCAAAAAUGUUUUACGCCUUAUGAAGGGUUUGCGUGACGCGCACGAGUCUGAUUUGCCGCAUCUAUCAAGUUACAUGCUGAAAACUGUAUUGCUCCAUCAACUGGGACGCGUUGAUUGGAAUGAAAAUCUUCACACUCUCUUUGUGAAGAUGUGGUCCUGUUUGGUGAAUCAUCUCAAAUUUGGAAACUUGGACUUCUUUUUGGCCAAUGGAAAUAACAUUUUUGAUCGCAUGCAACAUGGGGAGCUUGAAAAAUGUCGCGUUGCAGCUGUACGCCUAAUGUCUAACCUUAAUCAGGCUGAAACACAAAUAUGGAUGCUCGACCGUAUUUUCAAAGUUUAAACAAGAGCACCUAUUCUUUGCAUUAAUCACUUAGUAUUGUAAAACCAUACAACGAAAAUAUCAUUUAAUUUUGUUUCAAAUAAAUUCAUAUCUUGAACGGAAAAAUUUAUUGUGUUUU